AUGUUUUAUGAUGAGGAGCUGGAAGAGUCAGACAAGUUUUACGAGACUCUCCCUCGUCCACUGCGUCUUAGCUUUGCUCUUUAUAACACUAUGGUGUCCAAAUCCGAAAUGCUGUGUUACUUUGUUAUCAUUCUCAACCACAUGGUUUCUGCUUCCAUCCUCUCUUUAGUCCUGCCCAUCCUCAUCUUCCUCUGGGCAAUGCUGUCAGUACCCAGGCCUACAAAACGCUUUUGGAUGACUGCCAUCAUCUACACUGAGAUUACAGUUGUCCUCAAGUAUUCUUUCCAGUUUGGCUUCUUUCCAUGGACUUCCACAGUGUACCGGAGCAUGAAUGCCGAUAAACCAUUCCGGUUACCCAACAUAAUUGGCAUUGAAAAGAAAGAUGGUUAUGUCCAUUUUGACCUCAUCCAACUCCUGGCUUUGUUUUUACAUCGUUCUAUUCUGAAAUGCCAUGGACUGUGGGACAACAAGGAAGUCUGCCUGCCAGAGUCUAAAAAGAAGAAAAAGUCUAAACGGCAGAAAAAACGAGGCAGUAAAGGCGAGGAUGAUACCAAUUCUGGCAUUGUACCGUGGCACCUCUUCAAGCAUCAGAAUCCUUCAAAAAAUGUUUUUAGAAAAAGAAGAUCCUCACAAAAGGCCGUUGCUGAAGGCACACACCAAAAGAAGGAACCCAAAAGCAGAUGGAAUUGCUUCAAGCGGAACCCAAAAAAAAAGCGCUUGUCACUGAAAGAGAGACUAAAGCAAGAGUGGAUCAAACUAAAGAAGCUGGCAGUGAAAAUAGCGCUGCAAAUCUACCUGCCGAUCAGACAGUUCUUCUAUGAUAUCAUACACCCAGAGUACAGCCCAGUAUGCGAUGUCUAUGCCAUCAUGUUUCUGGUCGAUGUUAUC